AUGCCAUACAAUGUGAAUACAUGUCGUGAGCCGUCUGUGAAGACUACAUAUCAAAGUUCAUCGCUGAAUGCAGGUACAGGCAGUAGUAGAGCUGUAGACGGUUGUACUAAUCAGAGAUAUAGUUCUGGAUGCUGUAUGCACACAUCUGUUAAUGGACAAGUGGAAGCAUGGUGGCUGGUAGAUUUUGCGGAACAGAUCGUAGUAGAGAGUAUCCAAAUUUACUACAGAGAUGAGGGUGUUUCACAACAGCAAUCACGAUUCGGUGGCUAUCAAAUAUUUAUGACAAAUACGACGUCUGAAAAUUUGGAUAUAUCCCCCUGUUAUCAAGACACGACAUCUUCUCGUAGUGCGGUGGAUUUGACUCCAACGAUUACAGCAUGCUGUCCGGUGGGGAAAUUUGGGAGUGGUAAUUGUGAUCUGAACUGUGAUAGUUCAUGUAUCCUCAACCGGUGUGACCCAACGAAUGGUGUAUGUACAUCUUGUCUAGCUGGUUAUCACGGCACAUUGUGUGACCAGCUGUGCCCGUCAGGAUGCAAAGACAACAUAUGUGAUCAAAUGACUGGACAGUGUCAUGCAUGUUUCAAUGGUUUCUUUGGGAGUACUUGUAACCAGACAUGUUCAGUCAACUGUCAAAACAGCGUAUGCGGACAGCUUGCUGGGGAAUGCGAAGCAUGCGUUCCUGGUUUUUAUAGCAGUACAUGUGAUCAAUUUUGUCCGAGUAAUUGUAAAGACAACACUUGUAAUCAGCUCGACGGAUCAUGUAUAGCGUGUGUUCCUGGUUAUUAUGGCAGUUCAUGUGAUCUGUCGUGUCCAUCGAAUUGCAAAGAUAACACUUGUAUCCAGCUUGACGGAUUAUGCACAGAAUGUAACUCUGGUUACUAUGGCUCUAGCUGCAACCAGAUAUGUCCCGUCAAUUGUAAAAGUACAAUUUGCAACAGAAGCAGUGGAGAAUGUACAGAAUGUGAAGCGGGGGUAUUUGGGGUGCUCUGUGACAAUUCCUGUUCCGCGCUUUGUAGCAGUGAUGGUUGCAGUCAAGAAACGGGAUUUUGUAAAGCUUGUACACCUGGGUACUACGGGCAAACUUGCAUGGAAAAUUGUGGUCAAUGCUCAAGUGUGUCGUGUAAUAUUGCAGAUGGAACAUGUGAUUGCAGUGAUGGUUGGGAGGGAGACACAUGCAAUACAAGGAAGGCGGUGGUUGAUACCCCACAUAACAACACAUGGACAUACGUUGGAGGUGCUAUAGGAGCUAUCAUAGCCAUUGCUCUUCUUGUUGCAGUUUUCAUUGUCCUUAAAAGAAGAAGGCAAGGAACAUCGUACCAGAAAAAUCCUCCAGAAAUCGUCGACAACACAUUUGACAAAGUUGAAAUGACACCUGAUAUUGUUCCGAGACAAUCCAUGUACGAUCAUACCGCGGCCAGGCACACGGCUGCUACGGAUGAGAAUGAAAUUGCAUAUGCAAACGUGAAGGACACCGCCCCUAGAACAGAGGAGGAGGCCGCCUACCACAACUUUAAAGCUAAAGCUGCCUAUAUGUCUGUGCACGAAUUGCAAGCUAUAAUCGACACGAAGAUGGCGAACGGUGCGGCAGGUUUUCAGGAAGAAUUUAAGAUAUGUAACGCAGAAUGUCGGCCAUUUGACUAUGCCAAACCUGUGGAGCAGUUCCUUUGA